AUUCUAACCUGCACACUUACCUCUAUUAUUUUCUUCUCCGUUUCUUCUUUUACCCAUCACUUACACCACGAUGCCAUUUCACGAUGACCCACAUCUGAAGGAAGCAGCCAUCGUCCUCAUCCAGGGGCUCAAAACCCUAUGGCAACUUCAGGCCGGCAAAGCCGGCAAGAUAAAAGACCGGCAGGCAUUGAACCGAGUACACAACUUGGCGAACUGUCGUUUCAUCUUUAUAGGAGAUUAUCCUUACUACAACUACGUAGGGACAUACGAGGAUGGCCAUUGUUUGGAGCUUUUGACCACCUAUGACGGUCCAGAGUCUAGUCUCAGACAGGCCCUUAUGAAGCUUGACAGCCGCACUUUUACGCAGGACCCCAAAAACGGAUUUGUCAUUCAGCAUGGUGAGAUGAAGACAAGAGCACGUUUUGUGCCGCACCACUCGGUCAUGCCUCCCGGUAGGAAUGGGGUCAUUGAUCCCCCGGCCGAAGCGAUUCGGAUUUCGGAUGCCAGCGAAGAUACUCUUAAAAAAUUCCCCUGCGUCUUGCAAAAGAGCCUCUUGGCUCUUAAGCUCUACCGUGCGGCUCGGAAAGAGCGCCGUGGGGGUCUAACGGACCUGCGACACGCCAAUGCGCUCGCAGAGCACGUCGGUGGAACCCGUGACUGGGAGGAGUGGGAGAUCAAUGCCAUCACAUAUUCGCUCGACAAGGUAGUCCAUUUUGAGACUUGGAGCAAUUGCCCGUUCCUCCAAACACUUUUGACAAGGAAUGGACUUUUCUUGAAUCCCUCAAAACUGGAAUCCUGCGAGGAGGCAGACGGAAACUUCAUCUCCGCCCGAACUCCUCCCGUUUCCAUUCGCUCUCCGUCCCCGGCUGUUAUGCCCAAGCUUCCUCUGAAGCUUGCCAAUGCCCCGGCAAAAAGUGUGAUUUUUCUAGCGCUGGGAGUUUCUCUCGUUAUAUUGGUUGUUGUUGUUUUGGUUCUGAGGUACACAAGUCGUACUAGGAAUCAAGUCAUGUGGUCGGUGACAUGGACUUGGGGAUGGAGCGUACACCGUUGAUCUUCACGAUUCUACUACCAUAAUUCCCUCUCCUCCUAUUUUCUCUGUCGCUCUCUUUUUGCCUCUCUAUCAUCCGUUCCUUCCUUCCUCUUUUCCUGGUUUCCUUUUCUUCUUCUUUUUCCUUUACUUUCUUUUUACUGUCCCCUCUUUAUUUUUUGCUUCUCUUCUCUUCUCCUCUCCUAAAUCACAAAAAGCUAUAACACAAUCACAUUAAACUGCGGCCCAUUUACAAGUCCAAAACAAUGUACAAAAUCAAUUACCCGUCAG